GCAUGGGCUGUUGCCAACCUAAUAGAGUCCAACAGUAAGCUAAACGGUUAUGUUCUUUUAGAAUUGUGUACUGUAAGCGAGCUUCAGGAAGAGAUUUAAGGGAUUCUUUGGUGGAGUGAAAGAGAGGAGGGAGAAUGGGGGCUGGGAGGGGUUGGGGAGGGGGUUGAGGAGAGAAGCACCGAAGCAACCAAGAACUGAAUGAGAAUAUAAUAAGAAUAAUAUGAGUUCCAAGAGAGCACCUCCCAAACUCACUUCUCCCCUCAAACCAAUCUUAAAACAAUCAAAACUAAACCCUUCUAAUAACCCACUUCACAUCUCAAAUGUCCAAAACAAGCUCUAAUCAGGGACAAGCUUGAACGCCAAAGGCGCCAUCGCCAGCUAAUAGAACGCCAAGUAGAAGAGUUAGCAAAGAAGGAUCCCACCCAGCUGGGCAAGACUUCUUCUAUCAUCCUGAAGAGACUGAAAACCAAAGUCUUAAAAUAAAGAUAAGACCAAGGAAACAGUGACAUCAGGAGAGUUAUGUAGAAAUACCCAGCUGGCUAGCCUUGAUGAUGACAGAAGCUAUUCUCAUAGUUCACUGAUACGAAAGUUAAAUAAGAAUAACACUUUUGACCACUUUGGACUCACCGAUCUUGAAACAGCAAGGGAUUCGUCACAUCAAACUUCGUCUCGAUUAAAAUAACAAUGAUAAGUUCAUUUUUAACCGGAAGAUAUCAACCUUUGGAUUAAGAAGGAGGGAUCAAAAUGCAAUAGAGGAACUCUCUAGUCAUCAAAGUGAUACUAAAGAGCAAAGUGGUGUUCCUUCAAGUAUUCAGAAUAUAAUUUCACAGUCUUCUAAACAUGAGCUACUUGCUAAAGAGAUUUCUAAAGAUAAAAAGAACUUCCAUCUAGAGACUGUUGAGGAUGUUAAGGAGCAAAACCCUUCGAAACCCGAUCUAGAGAAGCUACUCCAUGAACUUGAUGAGAAAUCAGGGCUUACUCAAAGAGCAAUUUUCCACGAAAGAAACAAAAGCGUUGACCUUGGGUUCGAAUAUAGUCGUAAUCAGAGUCAAAUUAUGGAUAAAACUAAGGAAAUUAUUGCUAACGAGGAACUUUGAAUAAGGAAUGAGGAUGAAAGCAAUAACGCCAAUCGCCCUGUUGAAAAUGAAAUAGAUGAGCUACACAAAGCCCUAUUUGAUUCCAAGAAUAGUAUGGGCUGGAACUUCUAA